UUUGGCUCGACAGCGUAGCGGGCAAGAGGCGAAGGAAGACACGGAGAAACGGAGACAUGACCGACUCCCCGAAGCGUCAUCGCGGACCAAGUGAGACCGAGCCCCAGAGCGAGCCCCUGCCCAACGAUUUCAAGGAAAAGGUGGUCGACAGUGUGCCAGUCGAGGUGGUGCUGGCGAACGGAGUUCAGGUGGAAAAGAGUGACUUUGGCUUUGGCACGUGGCUGCUGGUGGAGGAGGAGGAGAAGAUCAAGGGCUGUCUGUGCGAGCUGCUGGUCUUCUCCUGCUGCCUCCUGGCGGGGCUGGUGACGCUGCCGGGCCUGGCGGCGCUGCUGGGGCUGACGCUGGGCUCCUCGGAGGCCGUGCUGGUGGCGCUGGGCUGCCUGCUUGGCACCUCCGCCAGGGUGAUGACGCUGCAGCAUCGCUUGAUGGCGAUGCUGUCCUGGCUCUUGCAGUUCCUCCUCUUUCGCCAAGGGCGCAUGAUGCCCGCCGUUGCGCUGCCCUUAAUCUCCGCGGGGAUUAUAUACGUCAACAGGGAGCGGAGCAGCUUGAUGGCGGCGGAUUGGGUGAAUCUCAUGGAGAACAUGAAUUGGGUCAUGGGCGUCUUCAACCUCACCAGCCCCCUUGAGAAGAUCGGCCAGGAGGCGCAGAAGCUGGUGGCCUCCGUCUUCAUCUUCCAGGCAGUGUACAGGGUCACCGGUGCUGUCUACGCUCGCAGCAGCCGCCGGCAGUUCCCCUACCUGGUGAACAUCAUGGGAGGCUUUGCGGGCCUGAUGAUCGGGUGGGUCACGCGAAACCUGUGGUUCAACAUGGUGUCCCUGGCCGAUCCAUUCAGCCUCAAGAGCAUUGUCAACGUGACUCUGAUCGGCGUGCACUUCUUCCUUCCAGGCUAUUAUGCCCGCCGGGCCCUUCCAGCAAACCCGGGGGACGCCAGUCUAACUCUCCUCUUGAUCCACUUCCUUCUUCUUGCGCUCAUGUUCGAUGAAAAGAGCCAGCUCGUGGACACGAGUGGGCAAUGGAAUGCUGUGGUCACGGGGCAUCUGCUCUUUCUCAGCUUGCUGGCUUUCAUGAGCCGUGACGCCAUUUCCAAUUAUACCACUUGAGCUGCGGCAUUGUACAUAUCCAAAGUCAUGGCAAUCGUAAAAUACGGUUUUGUAUGCAGCUGGCCAGAUCUUCCAAAUCUGGCUUUCAAUUUGUGCACUUGUCCGACAGGAAGCAAGCAUUGCAAUUUCAAGUGCUGCAGAAGCAGUGUUCGAGAUGAAUCUGCAGCCGUCUUUGUGCUUCCC